UAGAGGGAUUGUCUCUUAACCUUUACAGUAUCUUACUACGUAUGAAACGAGCAAAAGGGAAUUGGGCCGAGGUCCAACCUUUUCCUCCCUAGAUAGUGGGUCAUAGUAGCCCAACAGAGCGACAAAACUUAGAAGUGAGAGAGGAUGGGCUGUUCUGCAUCUGUUGCCUUUGCAACCAGAUCAUCUUCAAAUUAAAAGCGAAAGCAAAUAUAUGUUACAAAAAAAGAGUAAGAAUUGAAUUAAAUUGUAUUAAAAAAAUAAGUUCAAGAUAAAAGAAGAUAGUGUGAUAAUAAUUAAGAAUAUUGCUAUCUAGAACGUACUAUCGUUUAAAAUACAUUCUAAAAUGAUAAAGCUCCAUGAAAAAAAGAAAAAAAAGAAAAGAAAAAAAAGAUGGUAUCUAGAAGGGCAGUGAAGGGAGUCAUUCCUUAACCAAAGUAGAAGUUUUAGAAUAGGUGUUGGAAGUUUGGAUGGAGAUACAAAAGUGAAAGAAAGUAGUUGCCUUUCGUAAUUGCUCUACCAUUCUUUCCUCUCUUCUUUUCUAUUGCCAUACAUUUCCAUAUCAAUGCUCUUUGAUUAUUAGCACCAUCCUGUCCUAGACUCAAAAAGAUAUAGUGUUUGGGGUCAAGUCGAGAAAGAUGAUACAACUUCUGUUUACACUCGUAUUCUCUGAAAUGGUUCUCAUUCUGACCCUUUUAUUUAGAACCCCUCUCAGGAAUGUUUUGAUCAUGGGUUUGGAUAGGGUGAAGCAGGGGAGGGGUCCUGUAAUGGCACAGACCGUAGCCGGUACUUUGAUUGUGGUUUUAGCCUCCAGCUUAUAUAGUUUACUCAAAAUCCAGAAACGUACUAUGGAUGGUGCUCCAAUUAAUCCAACCGAUCAGAUUCUUCAAGCAAAUCAUCUUCUCGAAGCGUCGCUUAUGGGAUUUUCCCUAUUUCUUGCGGGGAUGAUAGAUAGACUACACUAUUAUAUCAAAGAGCUACAUGUGCUAAGAAAGAGUUUGGAGGACAUGAAAAACAGAGGAAUGGAUGCUUUUGAGAAAGAAAUUCCUGCAGUGAAGACUAAGAACAAGCAACCCGAAUCAGAAUCCAAGAGGGAGAUGAAGGAAGCAAAACCCAAAGCUGUCAAAGGGUGAAAUCAACAACACAUGAAGGGAUCGGAACAUGGAUGAUUAAAUAAAUCAUAUGUCACUUGUAUAUUUCUAUGUAUAUACAUAAUACUUACUCUAUUGUGUUUGGUAUGAAUUUUUAAAAGAAAAUAAAGAAAACAGAGGGAUUUGGAAGGAAACAAA